AUGAAAAGUUCUCGGCGUUUUCUUACAAAAUCACCACCGAGAAAUAAGUCCGUCCCUUCAUGUGAAACAAGCGCAUCUCGUCAAUUUGUUUCUUCCCUAAAUAUUUUUCAUGUUGCAAGACAUCCAAUCGAUGUUAUUCUUAGAAAACAGCCUCGACCUAUUACAAAUCGUGGAAAUCAUUCAAAACCAAGAAUACAUUCAAAAGAUAGACUUGAGCUAGCACGUGGAAAAUCUGAUAGACAAUUUAAUUUGUUUAGGACAAUGUCUAAACAAUUUGACGAUUUAGUUUUAGUUCCAGAAGAUCAAAUACAACAUGAUAAAGAAUUAAUAGAGAAUUUACUUCCAUUUUCAAGACAAUAUUCAAAAGACUCGGGAUUUUUCUCAAAAUUUUUCCCAAAGAAAGAAGUAGAAGUUACACCGCCACUUGUUGAAUCUUCUGAUUCAAUACUUUCUCUUCAAGAGAACAAUAACGAAUCUGAUGAGAUUGAAAAAUCAAUUGAAGAAGAUCAAAAUGAGCCAGAAAAACGUGUUAUUAUCGAACUUCCUACAAAUCCCAGCGAAAAUACAUUGACAGACAAUCAAAAUAUCGAUACAACUAAUGUCACCGACCAAAACAAUGAUAAUGAUAAAGACAAUACUCUUAUUAAUUCAAACAUACCUGAAAUUACUGAAAAUGAAAAUAAGCAAAUUAAUUAUCCAAAUCAGCCUCUAAAUAAUACAGAGAAUCAAGCAAAUACUUCUAAUCAAGACAAUGCAAAGGAUGAAAAAAGUCAAAACAAUCAAAAUUCUUCAAAACGAAAAAAUUCCCCGAAAAAAUCACGAAAGAAGUCACCCGAUAAAAGCAAAGCGGAUAAGGAAAGGGAAAUUUCCAAAACGCUUAAAAAACAGAUUAAAUCAAAACUUAAAUCUAAAAAAUUGUCUUCUCAGCUUAACCAGCAACCUAAAACCAAAACAACUGAAAAUAAGACAAAGUUGGGACUUAAGUUGAUUCCAAAAGACAAAAAAUUAAAGAAAUUAAGAUUACAAGCGAACAAACACAAUAAAACAAUCGAACCAACGCAUCCAGAAAGAUUAAGCAGUAUAAAGUCAAGAAACAUUACUGAAUUCGAGCCAACACAAAAUAACGAAACAACAAAUAUUGAGGAAACUUUUGUUGACUCAGGUGAUUUAACUGACCUUAAUAUCAGUCAAAUAUCAUCAAAUCAUCGUAUUCCAAAUAUUCAGAGCUUGAAUAAAUUAACAGAUUUGUUAAAUGCAGUUAAUCUUGAAUAUUUUGCUGCACAACAAAAUCAAGAAGAAUAUAGCUUCCCUCAUUCCAAACUAUCCCAAAAUGCAGACCAAAAUCCUUUGUCAAAUGUAAAUUUCAAUUUUGAGGAUUCAAAAAACAGCAUAUUGAGAACAGAGACACACAUUAGCAACAACAACUUGCCAAAUAACGACAUAAAAGCAGAAUUUAUACAUGACUUUAAGCAAGAUUUAGAAGAAUCAAAAAAUUUUAUUCCUCAAAUAGAUUUGAUUGGAGAUUCAUUAUUCCAAAAAGACAAUUACCAAGUUGAUGGACCAACUUCAAAUCAGAAAUUCCCAGACACUGAAGAUAAUGAAAAUAAUUUUAAAAUUUCUCAGAAUUGGCAGUAUUUUCCUGAUAACGAUAUCCAACUAGAACAACUUAGAGAUGAAUUUCUUAUUAAUGACCAGAUUGAUGCUGAUGAUUUGGAAUUAAUACAAGAUCUUAUUAAUAUCGAAAAUGGAGAAUUUGAAGACAAGUUCAGCACUAUAGAAUCAACUCACAUAUCAGAUACAGAUCUUCAAUCCCGUGCCGCCGAUUUAAUUUCAAAAUAUGAAGCAAAAUUAGACUCCAAGAUUACGUAUCCACAGAAUAAUCAGGAACUCUAUACAGAUGAGACUACGAAUGCACAAUUUAAUGAGAAUAUUUCAAAAGAAGGAAAUCAAAUUUUCUCUCAAUACGAUUUCUCAGACUUAGUAAGAGAACAAAAAGAUUUUCUGGAACAAUUAAAUGCAAUUCAAUGUAUUUUUAACUUGUCUCCUAUUGAGAAUGAAGAUUUUUCGAAAUGCAAUGAAGAAUUCAUCUCAGAUACCCAUAAUAAUAUAUUCAGCAAUGAAGAUGACCAAAUUAUCACCGAAGAUCAAAAAGAAAUCCAUUCAAAUCCUGAUUUUGAUGAAAUCCAGAAAAUGCGUCAAACUCUAAAUGAUUUCUUGGAUCAAUUAUCAAAUCAAAAUCCAGAUCAACAGGAUCCAUGCAUCAAUUUAUAUGAAUCUGAAAAUAUAAUUUCUGAUUUUCCAAAACUAGCUAAUUCAGUGGAUAAUUUUGAAAUCCCUACUAUCAGCUUGAACCAAAAUUCAAUGAACUCCGAUCAGAUUUCAGAAUGUAAUUUUAUCACAUCUAAUAUUCAUAAAAUAUCAGAAAAUGAUCAAAUUAUCAUUGAUAGUAAGCUUCAAAAUACAAUUCCUUUCAUUGAUUUCACAUCCUUUGAUGAAAAUAGCGCCGAUCAACUUAAUUUCGAACAAAAGUCAUCAGAAACAUCAAUAAAAGACGAAUAUUUGUCAUCAUUACCAGCAGUUAUUGUUAAACCAGAUGAAUUCAUUGCUACAAACAAUGACUUUUAUGAAGAUUUCAAUGAAUUACAAGAUUCUACCUUUAAUCAACACAAAUUAUUCCAAGACAUAGAAGAACAAAUGAUAGAAAAUGAGAAAUUUAAUUCUAUAGUUGCGAAUAUGAAGGAAAUUGAAGAUCAACUAAUUUCAUCAACAAAUUCAAUCAAAGAUACAUUUCCUAUGUUGGAUUUGAUGAAACAACAGAACGAAUUAUUCAAAUCUGAACUAAAUGAAUCGAAUUCUUUUAGAUCUGAUAAUAAUGAUCUCAAAGAUGGAGAAUUCUUCAAUCAUUCAACAAUGAAUAGACAUAAUUUAUCAUUUAAAGAUAAAUCAGGUAACAAAGAAUUCAUCAGACACAUGGAAAGAAAUCAAUCACUAAUAGAUUCGUUUUCAACUGUAAUAAGAGCUGUUGAGAGCAGUCUUGACAUUUCAACAAGGCUUCAAAAUGACUCCAUUCCAAACAUUAAAUCCAUAAAUGAUAUAAUUGUCAAAACUGAGACUAUUCUUCCAUUAAACAAUGAAAUCAAAGUUACAAUUAUGAAAGAUAAAUUUGUUAACUUCAAAUUGACUGAAAACCAAGAAAUCAAGGACAAAUUUACUCAGAUUUUGCCAAAUAUAGAUUCACAAGAAGAUGACGAAUUGAUUGACACAUUCGCUAAGAGAUUCAUCAUCAAAACAUCAAAUGAAGAACUUGACAAUGAAUUCCUUGAAAAUUAUGAAGAAAUUUGUUCUUGUCUACAUGAAAAUGAAGAGUUGAUUGAUAAGUUUACCAAGAGUUAUAUGAACCACAAAUCAAAUGAAGAACUUAUAUAUAGUUCUCAAGGAAAUGAAGAAAUGAUUGAUUUUAUUACAAGAGAACUCCUGAUUAAUGAAUCACUUGAAAAUGAUGAAGAAAACAAGGCUAGUUUCACCAAUACAUUUCUCCAAGAAAGUGAUGAAUUGAUUGACAAGUACACAAAACAAUUCAUGAACAACAAAUCAGAUGAAACUGAAGAGGAGAUUAAAGAUAAUUUCAUUAUUUCUAAAGCAUAUGAAAAUAAUGAAAUUCAAGAUAAGUUUGCUUCAGUAAUGAUGAACAAUAAUAUUUCUGGGUUUAAUAAUUCGAAGCCUUAUACUUCAAAUGAAAUAAUCUCAUCUGAAAAUAAUUAUGAGUUUGAAAAGAUUUUCAAGUCACUAGAAAACAAUGAAAUCCAAGAUAAAUUUGCAAAUCAAUUUAUCAAUUAUGAUUCACAAGAAGAUGAAGAAAUGAUUGAUAAAUUUGCAGAGAUUUUGAUGAAUUCUUUAUCAAACCAAAACGAAGAGAUUGUUGAUCAAGUUACAUUAUGUUUAUCUCAAAACGAAUUCGAUGAACAAUUGAUGAAAGAAAACAAUUUAGCUAAGCAAAAGAAGAUCAUUUCAAGGGAAAUUAACUUGAAUGAAGAGGAAGAUGAAGAUGAAAGUCAUAAUAUUGUCAUUAGAAAUAUUGAUUAUAUCUACAAACCUGAUAAAGAAGAAUUCCAAAAAACAUUUUUAUCAGAGUUCAAUGUUUCAGAAGGAAACCAUCAAUUCAUUGAUGAAUUCUGCAAUAAUAGCUUGCGUAGUGAUACAUUCGAAAUCUCGAGAAUUAAUGAAGAGAGCAUAAUUGAUGAAUUUUCAAAAGAAAAACAGAGCUAUUUAAUCAAUGAUGAAGAUAAUUACAUCAUUGAUCAAAACAAUUCAUUAAAUAACACUAAGAGCUUUGAUGAUGAAAUUCAGGUUAAAUUUACAAAUAGUGCCAAUGAUGUUAUGUUAUCGAAUAAUUCUCAUUAUCAAGACAUUAGUUAUGAAAAAUCUCAGCAUCAGUUUGAUAAUGAAGAACUUCCAGUUUCAUAUCAGACGAAUUUAGUUUCAAAUGACAAAAACAUCAGAGAUAAUUAUAUUAAUAAUGAAAACAUGUUGACUUCUAACAAUAAUUUCAUUCAAAUUCAAAAUGUCAAAGAAAAUGAAUUAUUAGAGAGCCAAAAUAAUGAAAUUGAUAAUUCUCAGAAUUACCAUAAUAUUCGUAGUCGCAGUAUUUCAAAUGAAUCAUUAUCAUCAUCAAAUCAAACAAAAAUUAAUUCAUCAGAAUUUAAUAUUUCAAAUCAAAACAUAUUCAAUAUAUCUGACAUUAAUCUUAUUGAUCAUUGCGAAAUGAAUUUCAGUGACAUUACAAAUUCCGAGUUUAUUGAGUGCAGAAUUAAACAAAUUGAUGAAGAAAAAGAAGAUAAUUCAGAGGAAGAAGAGGAAGAUAUUGUUGAUUAUUGCUCAAAUAUUCAGAUUCCAGUUAUUGAAACAGAAAUUAAAGAUGAAACUAAUAAAACAAAUCAAAACAAUUUAUACAAUCCACAAAAUGAAGAAGAGUUCAUUGAUAAUACCUCAAACAAAGCAUUUGAAAUCUCUCCAUCAUUAAAGUCAAUUCUUUCAUUUGUCAAAGAUGAAACACCAAACAACAAAACGCAAAAUGAACACGGAUUCAUUGACAAUUUCACAAACGAAGGAUUUACAGAUAAAUUUGUUAAUAACUAUGCCUUUGAAGAUAAAAUACAUAAUCAGUCAUUUAUUUCUAAAGGAAGUAAUGAUUUAGAAAUUAUCUCAAAUAGCAUUAUAAGAUUUGAUAAAACAGAUAUCAAAGAUAAGUCAUCAAGAAAUAUACAUCUUGACGAAAUUUCCUCAAAUAUCAAAACAAACUACACAAUUUAUAAUAUUUCAGAAAGAAAUAUUGUUAAUGACAAUUUAUUCUUUGAUUCUUCAGCCAAUGAAUUAUCUUUUAAUGAAGAAGGAAAAGUUCCAUCAAAUAAUGGAGAUUCUGACAUCUCAUUAUUUGUUGAUUCAUCUAUCAACGAAAUAUUUUCAAAUGAAGAAAAUAAUAAUCCAUCAAAUGUGCAAUCACGCGAUAUCUCAAUCAUUGAUAAUUCAAAUCAAUCAGAACAUAUUGAUAUAUUUAAUCUACAAAACAAUCAAAACAUUUUAUCAGAAAUUCUUCCAAAUGAAUUCAAUUUAUCAAAUCAAAAUGAUUUUGUUAAUAAAUUCUGUUACUUUGGAAAUUGCAAUUUCUUUGCUUUUGAUCCAGAUGAACAAAUGACAGAUAGCUCUAAUGAUAAAGUAGAUCCUUAUCAUCAGUAUUUUGUUGCUUUCUCUGAUGAAUAUUUCUUUGAUCCAUAUGCAAAAACUGCUGUUUCUUCUAAUUCAGAAUUUAUUUUUGAUACACAAAAUAUUAUUGAUCCAUAUGCAAAAACUGCUGUUUCUUCUAAUUCAGAAAUUAGUUUUGAUGCACAAAAUGUUAUUGAUAUGGAAUCAUUAAUAAACCCAAGCAAUUCUUUGGUAAACUUAGAAGUAUUGAAUAGAUUGGAAAGAAACCAAGAUUUAAUUCUUAAAUUAGCAGAAAAUCUAACAUAUUAUCCAUCAUCAGCUGAACUUUUAGGAACAGCAAUCUUAAAUGACACAAACAUUAUGGAUGAAGAUGAUAUUUAUAUUGAUAAUUGCAAUAUUAAAAAUCAACAAAGGAAUUUCAAAGCAGAUCUUAUUCAUUCCUUGACAAAUGCUCAACAACAAGAUAAUGAUCUAAGAAUUACUCCAAUGAUUAUUGAUUUGAAUCAAAAUAAUCUUUCAAAAUUCCAAAUUUUGGACAAAAGUUAUAAAACCAAUGAUUUCAAUGACGAAAACAAUCAAAGUAUUGAGAAUUAUUUGCUUAAUAACCUCAAUUUCAACGAUAUACAGGAUUGGUGCCAAAUCAGAUUCAAUAAUUCUCCAAUUUAUAUUAAGAACAAUGAUAUCGUAGUAUCUGAUGAAACAAUAGAUGAAGAAGAGUUCCAAUUUGAAGAAAGAAGUCCUCCAAAGCCUUCAGGCCUUUCUACAGAUAUAGAAAAAGAAACCCCACAUAUUAAAUUCGGAGAAAAUGUUUCUCCAGUCAAAAACUUUUGGGAAUCAAUUCAAAAAACAACAUCAAAGAAAUCUCAAAAAGUUCCACCACCUCUUUUAAUCAACAACUCUCCACUUUCUCCUACUAAAAAGGCUCCUCCGUUGCAAACGAAAAUUUCCCAAAUUCCAGCACCGUUUUUAGAGACAAAAAUUUCUCAAUUUACUCCUCCAAGAAUUGCAAUUCCUUCUUUUAUUGCAUCUCCUAUGAUUAGGGAGAAGACAACUCCUAAACUAGAGAAGCCAUUGAUAAAUCAUUUGGACGUCUUCGAAGAAUUGUUUCCAAUAGAGAAAACAAACAAUGAAUUUCCAAAAUCACACAAAAUUCCAAAAGAAAAACUUGAUUUUGGGGAAUCAACAAAAGAAGAAUUUAAUGCAGAAUAUUACGAAAAAACUCUUGAAACUAAAAAAGAAACAAAAAGAAAGAAGAGAACAAAAACCAAAAAAUCUCCAAUCAAAAACAGAGAAAUUAAUCAAACUUUAGUUAAUGAUAGAAUUUCACAGACAUCAAACAAAGAACUACUUGAUAAUCUUAAGAAAAUAGAACAAGAUUCUAACGCCGAACUACUUAUUGAACUAAAUAAGAUCGAAGAAACUUCAAUCAAAGAAUUAGUUGAUAAUGAAGAAAUUAUAAAUGAAACAGAGAUUCCACGUUUGGAAAACAUUUUUACACCUCAAAAACAGAAAUCAAUCCAAUCAAAAUCAAUGAAUGAAGCUGAUCAAUCAUCAAUAAGUUUCCAGACUUUCUUUUCUUCAACUGCUUUUCCAAUAUCUAGAAGAAAUCCAGUUGUCAACAAAUUGUUUAAACUCAUUAUUCCGGAGAUCAGAGAAUUGGAAAAUCCAGCUGAAGUUGGAAAGUUUGUAUUAGAUUUAUCAAGAGAAUUCAUGACAACAAACUUAGUUCCAUUGACACAAGAAAGAAUCGAUUCAACAAUCAUUUAUUCUUUCGAACUAAUUUCGAACAAAACCAUUUUCUCAAAAAUUUUGGCAAAUGGAUCAUUAAAUAUUGAAAACUCAACAUUUAACAUCCAAGAAACACCAAUAAAUAAUAAGAAGGAUAGUAUCAUAAUAGGAAAGAAAUCAUUUAAAUUUCCAACACAACUAAUUCUUGAUGAUGUUAUGACAAAUAUAAAAUCAGUUCAAACAAAUUCUCCUGACUUUGUUUUAACAAAAAUUUUGAAAUUACUUUCAUCAACUGAUAGAAUAGAAGAUUGCAUAUACUCUCCUGAUAUGAUACUUGCAACAACAUUGCUAUCUUUUGAAGGAAUUGACAAUGAAACAGUACGUUCUAUUUAUGAUAUUUUAGUUUCUCAAAAUUAUUGGAAUUAUUUCUUGAGAAUUUUGAUUUGCGAAGAAAUUUCUUCAGCCACAGAACCAUUUAUGAGUUUAACACUUAGUAAUUCAAUCUUAGUUAAACUUCUACAAACAUUUAUUGCAGAAAUUGAUGAAGAUGAGGAUUAUUUAGAAAAUGAAAAAAUCAUUCAUUUAUUGAGAUCAGUUUUCAUCAUAUCAAAUUUGAUUUACAAAGAAAAUGUUGCCAGUAUUAAGGCAUUGGCUAAUUUCCUCAAUUUGGCUAAUUUAGAGAAGAUAAAUAAUCAAAAUCUAUUUAAUAUGAUUGAUAAUUGGAUUACCAUGCCAAUUGUUUUGAAGAAAGAACAUGAAGUUUCAGUUGAUGUUGCAGCCAUUAAUCAUUUCAUUCUUGGCAACGCUGAUAAAGUUUUCAAUGAAAUUUCCACAUUCAUUAAUAUGAAAAGAGAAGAUCAUCCACUCGUUUUUUCUGUUUACCAGAAUUUAAGAUACAUUCUUGUGAACGAUUAUGAUAUUAACUGUCCGUUUGCUAUUCAUUUAUAA